GGUCAGCUCGUGGUCUUAGCUUGUCGAGCAAACGUGUCUAUUGGUGUUGGAUUAGCUUAUAAUUUUCGACAAGGAAAUCCUUUUAAGAUCUGUUUUUUUACUGGUAUUACCAUUGUCGCAAUCUCUUAUGUCCUUGGAACUCCCGCGAUAAUAGUAACAAAUUAUAAGAAUGGUAGUGCGGGUCAACUGUCUUCAUUUGCCGUGUUUGGUUUCACUGCCUGUUCUUUAGCUAGAAUAUUUACCACCUUGUCUGAAGUUGAUGAUUUCUUGAUUUUAAUCGGUUAUGUUCUAGCUUCCGUACUUUACGUAGUUUUAGCUAUACAAAUGGUCAUGUAUUGGAAUGUUGAGAAGGGAAGAGGUGGUGAACCCAAAAAAUUGUUAUUUCAGGCCCAGGUCCAGGUCCAGGCCCUUUGGUCCGUUGCUUCUGAACAAAUCGCUAUGUGUAGGGUUGUAGAAAGUAUUCAACCAGUAAUUGCUUCUACCCUCGCAGAAGGAGAAACUACGCCAAUUUUUAUCGAUGAUGUAUGUUGUUGUUAUAAUUUACAUUUUCGUGCAAUUGAAGUCGCUCAUAAGUCUGACCCUUCGGCUAAAGGUAUUGGUGAACCUUUCACGGUAACUGCUGCUUCUGGUGGCGGAAGUGCGCCAGCUCCAAAGGAACAAUAA